AUGCAGUCUAUUUCUUCACGUAUCUCUAUAGAAAGAGUUACAGACAGUGGGAAACUGGCCAUAGAUUGGACACUUGUGCUUGAAAUAUGUGAUGCACUUAGUGAGACAGACGAAGGACCAAAAGAGGCCAUCAGAGCUAUCAGAAAACGUUUAACUUCAUCGGCUGGCAAGGACCACGUCAGUAUUUGGUACACGCUAAUCUUAAUUGAAUCCUGUUUGAAAAAUUGUGGACGCCGUUUCCAAGCUCAAGUUGCCAAUCGCGACUUCCUCCAUGACUUGAUCAAGGUGCUUCUGCCAAAGCACAGUCCUCCCAUUCAGCUUCAGUCAAAAAUUCUUUUUUUGAUCAAGUCAUGGGUUGACGCUGCCUGGGACGUUCCAGGAAGACGAGAUCUUGAGAAAGUGUACACUGCUCUUCGCAGAAAAGGCGUCCAGUUUCCAUCCUCAGCGGAGUGCCAGUCACUGCCACCUCCACCACCGACAAUGACGGCAAGUUUGUCCUUGUUUUCUCCAAUUGUCACCUCUUCAUGCAUUCUCGGUGUUUCGUAA